CUUGUACACAUUAAGAGUACAUAUCAAUUGCAGGGUGAAGAACAAGUUGGCAGCAAAGGAAGGAAGGUGAUGAUGAUGAAGUUGGCAGGAGCUUUGCUGUUAAUGUUUCUGGUGGUGCAUGGAGUUGAGUGUCAGCUCCAGGUCGGGUUCUACAGCGGAUCGUGUGGGUUAGCCGAGUUCGUCGUCAAAACCGCCGUCAGGCAAGCUUUCAUCAACGACAGGGGAGUCGCCGCUGGUCUCCUCAGAAUGCACUUCCAUGACUGCUUCGUCAGGGGCUGCGAUGGAUCCGUGCUGAUAGAUUCGACCUCGUCCAACACGGCCGAGAAGGACUCCCCUCCCAACAACCCGAGUCUUCGAGGUUUCGAGGUCAUCGAUGCUGCCAAGUCGAGGCUGGAAGGUAUAUGCGGAGGAGUUGUUUCGUGCGCUGACAUUCUCGCCUUCGCUGCAAGGGACAGUGUCGAGCUCGUAAGUAGUGGAAGACUUGGCUACGACGUUCCUUCUGGAAGAAGAGAUGGAACAACUUCACUGUCCUCUGAAGCCUCAUCGAACUUGCCUCCUCCGACAUCCAAUGUCGGGCAGCUCACUCAAAUCUUCGCCAACAAGGGACUUUCUCAGGCAGAAAUGGUUACACUCUCCGGAGGGCAUACCAUCGGCCGGUCUCACUGCUCGUCUGUGGCGCCUAGGCUGUACAACUUCAACGGGACGGGUCAGGACCCGACCCUAGAUGCUGCCUACGCGACGGCCCUGAAGCAGCAGUGUCCUCAGGGCAACUCCAAUGCCAACCUGGUGGUGCCGAUGGACGCUAUUAGUCCUGCCGUUCUGGACGAGGGUUACUACGUCGACGUGUUCUCGAACCGCGGCAUGUUCACUUCCGACCAAACUCUGAUGACCAACGCAGCCACAGCUGCACAGGUGGGCCAGAAUGCAGGGAACCGGAUGCUCUGGAGUGCCAAGUUUGCUGCUGCAAUGGUGAAGAUGGGGCAGAUUGGGGUGUUGACGGGCAGCUCGGGCGAGAUUAGGGCCAACUGCAGGGUAGUGAAUAGCUAGAGGCAGCAAGAUUCUGUUCUAUGUAAAUGGUGUUUGAACUAAUUCAUUCAUCAUAGAAGCUAAGAUGCUGCAAAGAAUGUAGUAUUCGUUCAACUCCUUGGAUAAUCAAGAGAAAAGAGGGAUUAGUCUCUUCAACGAAACAAAUCUUCAUGCUACCAAAAGCAAAA